UAACAACUGUGGUUAUUCUGUCUACAAGUCAGAUAGAACUCAACAGAAGGACUGUAGCGAUGGCGGAGGAGGAGGUCAGCUACGCUUCAGUUGUAUUCAAAACUAACAAGCGUUCCCCACCUGAAGCUAAUAAGGAGGAGGAAACUGUGUACAGUGAUGUGAAGGUGCGAAGCAAAACAACCGAAAAGACUGCUGACACAAACGCAGGACUUUUGCCAGACAAGAAAACAAACAGCAGAGGUCGCUGCUAUCAGCAGGUGGCUUGUUGUUUGGGGAUUCUUUGUGUCAUUUUGCUGUUGGGCAUCAUAGCAGUCUGUGUCUACGUUGUUACAUUAAAUCAUCAAAGUGAACCGAACCAGCUGAAAGAAAACCAAACGAUUCUACUGGCUCUCAAUGGAAACCUGACAAACCAGAACAACAAACUCAGCUCAGAAAAUGAAAAGCUGAGGAGGGAACACAACAAUCUGAGAGUCCAGUUGGAGAACCUGACACAAGCCUAUACUGUCUUAAAAAGCAACAUCACAAACCUGUCUGCAGAAAACCAGAACCUGACAUCACAAAACACCAAGCUGUCUGCAGAAAACCAGAACCUGACAUCACAAAACACCAAGCUGUCUGCAGAAAACCAGAACCUGACAUCACAAAAAAUGAAGCUGGAGACACAGAGGAACAACUUAACAGAACAGAUACGGAACAUGGAGACAAAGUGGAAUGAGCUCAACGUCAGUCGAGCUCAGUGGAGCAUUGAUGCCUACUGCCCAAAACCAAAGAACCAAAACAGACAGUGUAAAGCUUGUCAGGAUGGCUGGUUACCCUCCCAGUCCAGCUGCUAUGCGAUUAAUGACCCUGAUGUUUCUGGUCAGAAAACCUGGGAAGAAGCUCGAGAAAACUGCACAGGAAAGAUUUCAGAUUUGGUUGUUAUAGCUGAUCAAACGGAAAAGACAUUCAUCAGUAAUAACAGUUGGGGCAGUUCAGGAACCAAGGGAUACUGGAUUGGUCUGAGAGCUGAAGAUGGGAAAUGGAAGUGGGUCGAUGGAAGUGUUCUGACUGAAAACUCCUGGAUACAACAACCUGCUACCAACGGUCAGUGUGUAAUUUCUGUAGAGACAGAAGGAUGGAAAUCAGUGAGCUGUGGUGCCAGAAACAGAUGGAUCUGCAAAAAGAAGGCUUUAUCUCUUUAAACACUGCAGUCAAGGUUACUGGGGACUCUGUAAAGAUUCAUUACAUGUAAAAUAAUAUCUACUGAUAUACUUCACAAAAAAGUGAAACAUUUUUCAUGUGUGUGCAAAAAAAACAGAUCCUCUAAUAUAAGUGUGUUCAGGUUGUUUGGGUAUUCUGCCUCCUUGUCUCAUCCAGUACAGUCCCAAACUGUCCUGUGUCUGUCUAACGGGGACGCUACCACAUCAACAAAGCAAAAAUGUAUGCCAGUGCACCGCAGAGUACAGGAUAGGUAGAUUUCUGUUAAAAUAUGACUCAUUAGAUUGUGAUUAUUAGAACAAUUUCUUUUAAAUUUUUUAACUUUAUUUUUAAAAUGCCAGAGGAAAGAUAGGUAGGAGAGAUUUUGAAUGUGCAGAAAGUUUUGAACAUGAACAGAAAACCUGCUGAAACACAGGAACUAAUAAAGUUCAGGUGUUUAUAAAUGAAUUUAAUUAAUUAAUGUAUCGUUGAGAUGAAAACGUGCCACAUGCUAAUUUUUUUAGAGAUUACUUCCCCAAACAAAAGACAGAAAAGAGGAAGGAAGACUAAUUUAAAGCUCUCGCCCUGCUAUAUCUCCUUUUAGUCCCAUACACACCAGCACGUACCUUGAGAUCCUCGGGCAGAGGUCUGCAGUCUGUUCCACAGUCUCAACUGAAAACUAAAGGGGACAGAGCGUUUGGAGUCAGGGCCCCGAGG